GACUUCGGCGACCUCCUGCAGGUGCUUCGCAGGCACGAGGCCACCGCGCAGCGGAUCAAGGCGUACGGCUGCAACCUCGAUGAUACUGCCGCCCAGAUGGUUGCAGACUGGAUAUUGGCGCUUCCGCCUUGGGACAUGCCGAGCGAGAUCCACCUCUCCAACAACCAGCUGACGCUGGGCGGGGUAUCCCCCAUCCUGAAGGCCAUCCACUCCCAGAGCAAGACGGCCUUUCCACGGGUACCCGUCUGGCUUCGGCUUGAGAACAACAACAUCGAUGUGGGCUUCUUGGACUCCCUGUUCUCCGAGGAGGGGGGGUCCGGCCUGGCCACGGCAGGCGCGUGGGCGGCGCCGCGCCUCUGCGCCCUCGGGCGGCCACGGCGCCGCCCCGCCGCGCGCGCGCUGCCGCCUCGCAGCCGCGGGCCGCCCUCGCGCCGCGGCGACUGCCCCGCGGCCUGGCCGCCGUCGCGCUCGGCGCCGCCGGCCUCGGGUGCUCUGCGGCGAGGCCGGACCUCCGACGACGGGGCGCUGCUCCAUGCGCGCGGGCGCACCCGCCCCGGGAGGGCCGGCGGGGCGGCCCUCUCUGAGAGUUCGCGGCGCCACCUCGGGGCCGCGCUCGGCUGCCUGGCCGCCUUCGGCGCGGCGGCGGCCGCGGCCGCCUGGGCGGGCGCGCACGCGAGGGCGUGGCCCGCCGGGGCGGAGGGCUGCGAGGGCUACUGGCCGCCGCCGGCGGUCUGCCUGGGGCUCGGGCAGGGCGGGCGCGACGCGGCCGCCGGCGACGCGUCCCUGGCGGCCUGGUGCCCCCAGCGCCGGGUGGACGCCGAGUGGCCUGGCAGGGGCGAGUUCGUGGCCAAGCUGCGGGAGAUCGAGGCGGCCGCCAGGGAAGCUGACGCCGCUGGGGGUCCCCGGACUGCGGCGGCCCUGGCUGCGUGCGGCCUGCAGGAGGCGCCUUUUGUCACCGUAGUGCGCUACCGCGGCCUGUCGUGGUCCCGCAUGGCCGAGGGCGUGAUGGUCGGCAGCGCCGAGUUCCAUGACGCCCACAGCGGCGAGGGUGCCUGCUGGCCGGACGGCUACCUCGAGCACUACGUGGGCGACUUCAUGGUGAGACCGACGGACGGAUUCAUCGAGUAUGUUCGCGCGUUCGACCUGGACGCCUUCAGAAAGGCGAUCCGCGCCGGGGGGGCCUGUGCCGGUGGAGACGGCACGUGCGCGGGGGUCGCUUGCGCCGAGGGCGUCGAGGCCCCUAAAGGCAGCUCCAGGGGCAGCUGGUCAUCAUGGAAUAUCCUGUGGGACACCUUGGGCAACCUUGGAGACUCGUCGGAGCAGCUGCUGCAUGGCCCCGGGGCUGCCGCACUGCACAUCGGCGAGAGGCUCAGCAUCCACCCUGUGCGGCUGGACCAUCCGAGGGCCCACAUGGGUUACAGGGGGGCGGCGGGCGCCGGCAUCGGGCGACAGCGGGGGCAGGGCUUCGCCUGCCCCGCCUCGGAGACCGGGUGCUGCGCGAAGUACUGCGCCUCGAAGGGCAAGGGCCUCCUCUUCCACAUCAAGUACGCCGCGAGGCAGCGCAGAGGCGAGGCCAGAGGCGCACAGCAGAGCCCCGCGCUUUCGGCGUCAACCCUUUUCUCUGGACAGCUCGCGUUGCCAGAGCCGCCCAAGACCACGACCAAGCCCCGACCACCAACGCCGCCUCCGCUGUCGGCGUGGCCGCAGCCGGCUGCGCCGCCGCCAGUGCCCGCGUCGCCGUGGCCAGCAGCGCUGCAGCCAGCGACAACGUUGAAGCAGCAGCCAGCGCAUCAGCCCGCGUCGUUGCAGCAGCAACCACCAGUGCUGUCGUGGCCGAUGGCAUUGGCGGCAGUGCUGCCAGGCGCCAGUGGCGUUGUCCUACCGCAGACAGCGACGCCAGCGCUGGCGCAGCCGCCAGUGCUGCCUCUGCCUCGGUCCGCUUGGCCAGUACCGCCAGUGCCGCCAGUGCUGCCAGCGGCGUCGCCGUCGCAGCCGUCAAUACCACUGCUGAAGGCGGUGCCGCCACAGCAAGCGGCGGGGUUGCCGCAGCCGGCGGCACCGCCCCAGUCGGCAGUGCCGCCGCAGCCGCAGCAACUGCCGCAAGUGGGGUCGGAGCAGGCGCGCGAGGAGACCUUCCGGAAGCUCCGACAGGAGCUGGAAGAUACGCUGCGGCCUCCUCCACCGCGCCGCCCUCCCGACGUCGACGCCGGCGAGCUCCGCCAGGCCCAGGGCCUGACUGCAGUGAAGCGCGCACUCCAGCGGUGCACCGCCCCGCCGGAGCGCUGCAGCGCUCCAGCGGCAGAGAAGUACCGCACGGAGAAGUGGAGCGACGAGGCCGCGCAGAGGUGGCUGGCAGCGCGGAAGCGCCCUGCGGACGCCCGAGAUGGCAGCCGGCUCCUGGCCAGAGACAGCAGGCACAGCCCAGACGCCGCGGCUCGCCCUCGGCCGCGGCGCAGGCACAGCGCGUCCCGCGGCCGCUCCCCUCGCCGCCAG